UAUGUAUUUAAGUCUAAUUAUAAGCCUAUACAGUUUGUUUGUAUAAUAUUCCAGACAAAACACAUAAUGGAUUCGCGUUUGAAACACUCUGUGCGAAAAGCAGCACUGUUGAACACUGAUAAGAAAAGGGAUAAAUUAGGAUUUCUUUUUUCUGAGAAAAAAAAGCUUCCAGCAAAAAUCAAUCAAUCCAUUAUAAAUAUGAAUAAAUUACCAAAAAUAAAGUAUUCCGUAAUUUGUAAACCUGCCAAGGUGGCUGUUGUAAAAUAUGAGCCUAAGGUAAGUUGGUUUCAAAAUCCUAGUAUUUUAUAUUCAAUGGCAGUGGUGCGGGAAACUAUGGAAACUCUCCUGGGCACAAAUGAAGUUCGUUGUAUGGAUAGAGAAUAUUUAAAAAAAUUAAGAAUUAGAAUACUUGAAAAUGCCAUUGCACAACUUAACAAUAGAAUAAGGGAUAGAGAGAAUAAGGAAUAUUUAAGAAUAAAAAAUUUGGUACUGACUGGAAAGAUUCCAUUUGAGAAUGCACCGGAAUCAAUGUCGCGACAUGUUUUGUUAUUUAUGGAGAAAUUGUCCAACGAAUUAAUUAGUCGACGAAGGGCAGGAUACAAGAUUCUUAAACCUAAGAUUCCUAGUUUCUUGUAUUGGGAUGAUACUCCAGAGCUUCCAUCAAAAAUAUCUGUAGAACGAGGUCAUAAUUUUAGGCCUGCCGAACCUCCCAUUUGUAAACCUAUUGAAAUGUUCUUCGACAAAUUAACUGAAGAAGAAACUGAAAAUUUGUUGACAUAUUAUAGAGACAACACAAUAAAGAUAUUAGAGAAACAGACGCUCAUAUCUCAAAUGUAUGAUAUGACUGAUACCAUGGAAAUAACAUGUGGAACUGACAGUAUAGUACCAGCUGGAAAAGAUCAUGUUUAAGACACUAGAUAUUGAUAGACAAAUAUAUUUUAUAGUUUUAAUUUUUAAAAUAAAAUAUUUAUGUAUUUUUUGUUUA